AUGGGAGGAGGAGGGCCAUCCAGAGAGGAGGCUGGAAUUUCUUUUGUGACACCACCUCCAGCUCAGUUUACUCUUUUUUCUGCUUUCUUAAUUGUGCACUUGUUCCUCCAGAGGCAUCCUCACUCUCUUUUUCUGUUUAGUGGAAACUGUUGAAAGACACAACUCCUCUGUCUGCCUGGAAGGAAGCAGAGCGUAGUUUCUUACUUUCGAGGCUUCCUUCUUCAUUACAAGAAAACGAGGAAGUCAACUUGGAAAACAAAAAUGCUGAAGUAUAUAUGAAGAGGACUGCUGUUCUCUCUCAGCACUGGGGAGAGCGUUUGUCCUCCAGCCUCUAAUGGCCUUCCUGCCGGACUUCAUAGACCAGGCAUGACUGUCUCCCUGCGACAGUCCAGUCCUCAACCUGCUUCCUUUUCAUUCAGAAACAAAAACCCCAGCAACCACGUCUGGUGCAGCACAGAUGGAUGAGGCUGAAGGCCUGCAUUUGAGGGUCUCCUCUGAGGACUCUGUGCCGCUGCCGUCCUUCUUGGCUGAGCCCAUCAACUUAGAAGACUCCCAUUAUGUUCAGCUGAGAGGUGACCUUGAGCUUGAUGCCCAGAAUCUGGAGGCAGAGUCCUGGAGCCUUGCUGUGGACCAGAACUACCUGAAGGCUCUGAGCAAAGAGGCUGUUAAAAGACAGGAUGUUAUCUAUGAGUUGAUCCAGACGGAGAUGCACCAUGUGCGUACCUUAAAAACUACUCUCCACGUCUACAUGCAUGAGCUGAAGCAGUCGCUUAUCAUAGAUGAAGCCAGACUGGAACGGCUUUUCCCCAGAGUGGAAGCUCUGCUCAGCCUCCACCAGCACUUCCUCAACUGUCUCAAAGAGCGCCAGAUCCAGAGUCAGGAGGAGACGGACACAAACAACUACUACAUCACACAACUGGGGGAUAUCCUCAUAAAUCAGUUUUCAGGUCUUUUGGGAGAGCAGAUGAUGGAUAGUUACAGUGUAUUUUGCAGCCAUCACAGUGAAGCCAUCGGCUUCUACAAAGACCAGAUGCAGAACAACAAGAAGCUGCAGAUUCUUAUUAGAAAAAUCGGUCAGCUGCCUCUUGUUCGACGCUUGGGAAUCCCUGAAUGUUUCCUUUUGGUGACCCAGCGCAUCACAAAAUACCCUAUCCUGGUGGAACGGCUCAUCCAGAACACUGAAGCUGACACAGACGAGUACAAGUCUCUAGUAAAAGGUUUGGGGCUGAUCAAAGACACCAUCUACCGGGUAGAUGCUCUUGUCAGUGAAUAUGAGAAGGCUGCUCGUCUGAGAGAGAUCAGCCAUCGGUUGGAGCCAAAAGUUCCAGGUCGGCUGAAAGAUGGUCGGAUGUUCCGCAGAGAAGAUCUGCUCCAGGGUAACAGGAUACUCCUACAUGAGGGCACAGUCACCUGGAAGGUCUCUGGUAGACAGAAAGACGUCGUGGCUGUGCUGCUCACAGAUGUGCUCCUCCUUUUACAAGAGAAAGAUCAGAAGUUUGUAUUUGCUAACAUGGAAAAUAAACCAUCAGUGAUCUCCCUUGAAAGACUGAUUGUCAGAGAAGUGGCCCAUGAGGAUAAAGCCAUGUAUCUUAUCUGUGCAUGUACCACCAGCAUGCCAGAGAUGUACGAGAUCCACACAAGCUCCAAAGAGGAAUGCCAUACAUGGACGACCCUCAUACGAGAAGCUGCAGACUAUCUCCGGGAACAAGUGCAGCUCAAUGAACUCAUUACUACACUCCAAGAUUUUCAAGAUGUUCUGAAGCUUAAGGAUGACCAGAUAAAGCAAAGUCUGACAGAGAAGCAGCAGAUUUUUACUACUCUCUACAAGUACGCAAUGAUGCAGGAAUCCCCCAAAGGGCUGCUGCUACGUGGAGACACAACUGACCUCCAGCAGGGGGAGACGCUGCUUAAUGGAGCCAUCGAUGAGAUGGAAAACCUGCAGAACCUGCUCUUUAUGAUUAAAGGAGACUCAAACCUUUUGAUGGAGAAGAGCACCAUGCAGGGAGGUGUGCUCGGCGGGGAAGAAAACUUUGAAGCUGCUGAUGAUAUCCCUGUUUCUACCACCAUAAAAAAUGGAAGUGGAUUUGAGAAACAGAGCUGUGAGGACAUUUCAGUGGACAGCAAAGAAAGAAGUUGUGACCACCUGCAUGUGGAACAGUGCUAUUCUCAAGGCUUGCAGCAGUCUGCUGGCGAUGAAACUGAUAGUCUGUCAAUGAUAAACUGCAUCUCAGCCUCCAAUCCCAUCCCUGGGACAGCUGUGUAUAACAGUGUGAUGAGACUGUCAAGAAGACUCUACAGCUUAAAAGCUGUCAUCGCCCAGCAGGACAGCAUGAUUGAGCUGCAGCAGGCUUUCCAGUUUAAGAACAAGCAGUCUGUUCGUCAGUAUAGCAACAUGCUCCUGGAGCAGGAGAAGCAGCGCAACUUGGAGAAGCAGAAGGAGGAGCUGGCUAACCUGCACAAGCUAAAGACUCAGCAUCGAGAGGAGCAGCAGCGCUGGGAGAAGGAGAGGGAGCGGCAGAUGAUCCAGAUGGAGGUUCUGGAAGCUCAGCUGAAACAGAAGGAGGAGGAGAGCAGGAGGUGGGAGGCGAAGCUGAAUGAGGAAAAGUCAGAGCUGGACAGGCAGAGGGAAAACUACCAGCAGGACCUAAAAAGACUGAGGGAGGUCACGAGAACAGUGGAUAAGGAGAACGAGCGACUGGUUCAGGAAAAGGAACGUCUUGAGAAGCUGAAGUCAAAGCUCAUCCCGACUUCAGGAUUCUCUCGUUAUGAUGAUCCUUUUCAAUCCUGGAGUCACUCUCCUUACUCCUCAUUCAGGGGGAGCGUGGUGAACGGAGCUGGGACUCAGAAGCCUCAUGGCUUGACUGUUAAUCACUCCAGUCUGACAGAAAUUCCUCCAAAGGUUCCACCACGCGGGGAGAGCAUCAGCCCCAAACCAGCCACAGCAGAGCUGCCCAGCCACCUGAUCAGCACCACCAACCAGGUGCAGAAACCUGCAGUGGUGCUGCAGAAAAUCCCUACCAAGCUGGCAAAAGGGAGCAAAGGAAAGGAGAAGAGUUUCAAGGGGAAGGGGUCCCACCAGAGAGCUCACAGUGCAGCCUCUAUAGAUGUGAGCCAGGUGCUGCCCAUUCGAGGGACGGUGACAGAAGGAGGCAGUCUGAAAGUCAAAAGGCAUGCCAGUCCACAGAGGGUCCUAACUACAGAUACCUUCAGACCACCAGGACCAGCUCACAAUAUAAAAUCAUCUCAGUCCUUUAGGCCAAACAAGCAGAACAGCAGCGACCCUCCGCCACCAAUACCACCUCCCUUCCCCACAGAGAUCCGUGAUACCUUCAGACCACCAGGACCAGCUCACAAUAUAAAAUCAUCUCAGUCCUUUAGGCCAAACAAGCAGAACAGCAGCGACCCUCCGCCACCAAUACCACCUCCCUUCCCCACAGAGAUCCGUGAUACCUUCAGACCACCAGGACCAGCUCACAAUAUAAAAUCAUCUCAGUCCUUUAGGCCAAACAAGCAGAACAGCAGCGACCCUCCGCCACCAAUACCACCUCCCUUCCCCACAGAGAUCCGUGAUACCUUCAGACCACCAGGACCAGCUCACAAUAUAAAAUCAUCUCAGUCCUUUAGGCCAAACAAGCAGAACAGCAGCGACCCUCCGCCACCAAUACCACCUCCCUUCCCCACAGAGAUCCGUGGUAAGCGGAAAGAGAAAGUGAUAUUCCUUUAAUCACUAGACUUUGGGAUGUAUCCUGGUCCAACAGGCAUGGAGACAGUGAUGGAGCUGUAAAAAGACAUUGCACAUGACUUUGGGAUGGAUGUGUGUGUGUGUGUGUGUGUGUGUGUGUGUGUGUGUGUGUCCAGUAUGAAGAGGCCACUUUCAACUACGGUACUUUUUUAACAGGAAAAAAAGCUGACUUAAGUUUAAAUCAGCUGAUUGUGAAAACAAAGGAGUUUAUUGAUGAAGAGAUGCACAUUUGUGACAGAGGAUGCAUGGAAAAAAUCUGAAAAAGAAAAUGUGUGGCCUAUUUGGAUUUUUGAAAAGUUUCUAUUUUAAUGAAGAUUUUUAGGGCCAAAGACUGCCUAGAAGUUUUUUGUGUUUUUAUUGGAGAUGAAAGUAGUUUUUUGUGUUUUUAUUGGAGAUGAAAGUAGUUUUUUGUAACCAUUUAGCACUCUUAUCUUAAGCUUUAAAUACUGCUGUAAGGUGUGUACAGUGUACAUUUAUUUAACAAGUUUACAUCUGUGUAAAUACAAAGUGCCAAACGCAUGAUUUUUAUUUUGGAAUGAAUCAGAUGUUAUUGAAAUUUGUACUGUGUGCGUGUUCCUCAGGUUUGCAAAUUAAUAGGGUUUGGUGAAGAAGUUAGUCGGAAUUGUUAAUGUACUUCUCCUUUGGAAACAGAAGACAUUCAUUUACUCUGUGAAAACUGAGACCAAUAAAAUGGCUUCUGACUUCCCUGUUCAGGGAUGUUCUGGUACAAUGAAACAUUAAAA